UUAAAUGCCUGUCUGAAAAGACAGAGAAAGGCAAAGAACACUCCCCCGUCUGCUUGAUUUUUCUUCGCUUCCUUACCCUCUCGUUCUGUUUCCUAUGUCUCUCACUCCGUCUUUUUUUUUUUUUCAGAAAACAUGAAGGAGGAAAGAAGUGAAGAUUCCAGUCGGGACGAUUGUCCAGUGAAAGUUUAAAAGAAGCUUCCGAAGCGUAGAGAGGGAAGAAAGUACGGGGACGGAUGAGAGGAAGGGAGGAAGGAGGGAAGGAAGGAAGGAAGGAAAGAAUAAAUUAAGUAUUCUACAAAACGAUAAAGGAUAAAUAAAUAAACAGCAUAUUAACUCUUAAACUGAUCGACUGCGCGGCGCGUCAGGCUUUAGUAGGUUAACCCGUGAAGUAAUACGAAUGUGCUGGUCUACUUUUAAAGAAGUGCACACUGUACGUUGCAUGUUUGAGUUGCCGUAACCGAAGACUAGCAACUUCGCGGACGCUCCCCGGAAAGCCCCAGAUCGCAAGGACCCAGGCACCGACUUGUCAGGUCGCCGAAGCCGGACGAGAGGCGUUGCCACCCGCCGUUAUUGGAAAAUGGCUGGGGCAAAGCCGGGAGUCCACGCUUUGCAACUUAAACCGGUGUGCGUCCACGAGACCCUGAAGAAAGGCAGCAAAUUCGUGAAAUGGGACGAAGAGCCGACGCUCGUGACGCUGAAAGUGGAUCCUCAAGGGUUCUUCCUCUAUUGGACUGGGACCAACAAGGAGGUGGACAUAUUGGACAUCAGUCUAAUCAGGGACACCAGGACGGGGAAAUUCUCGAAAAUGGCGAAGGAUCCUCGGGUUCGUGAUGUGGUGGGCCAGGGGAAGGGCGAGGGCGGGUGCCCGGAGGUGAACUUGGUCACGGUGGUCUACGGCUGCGACCUGGUCAACGUCUCGUUCCUGACCUUCCAGGCCCUGCAGGAGGACACCGCUAAGGUGUGGACGGAGGAGCUUUUUAAACUGGCCACAAACAUCCUGUCCCAGAAUGCCUCCCGCAGCACCUUCCUCCUGAAAGCGUACACUAAGCUCAAGUUGCAACUGGUUCAGGACAAAAUCCCCGUGAAGAAUUUCCUCAAGAUAUUUUCCGACAAGAAGCGCGUGGAAACGGCGCUGGAGCAGUGCGGCCUUAUCGCCAAUAAGGCCGAGGUGCUGAAGCCAGAGGACCUGACGUGGGAGAUGUUCCAGACCUUUCUCAGCACCCUGUGUCUGAGGCCCGAGAUCGAGCGCAUCUUUGUGGAGCUCGGGUCCAAGGGGAAGCCCUUCCUGUCCCUGGAUCAGAUGCUGGACUUCCUGAACCGCCGCCAGAGGGACUCCCGCCUGAACGAGGUGCUGUACCCGCCCCUGAAGAGGGACCAGGUGCGGCAGCUGAUGGAGAACUACGAGCCCAACGCCAGCCAGCUGGAGCGAGACCAGAUCUCUCUGCUGUGCUUUAGUCGGUAUCUGGAAGCAGAGGACAACUCCAUCGUUCCCUCAGAGAGACUGGACAUCAUCGACGACAUGACCCAGUCUAUCGCACACUACUUCAUCAACUCCUCACACAACACAUACCUCACAGUGGGGCAGUUGACAGGGCCGUCGUCGGUGGAGAUGUACAGGCAGGUGCUGUUGACAGGCUGCCGCUGCAUAGAGCUGGACUGCUGGAAGGGCCGCCCGCCGGAGGAGGAGCCCUACAUCACCCACGGCUUCACCAUGACCACGGAAAUCCCCUUCAAGGUGCGCGAACGCUCCCCACACCCCCCCUUCCCUACCCCACCCAGCCCACCUGUCCACCUGAGGGUGAUCGAGGCCAUCGCGGAGAGCGCCUUUAAGAAGUCGCCGUACCCUCUCAUCCUCUCCUUCGAGAACCACGUGGACUCUGUGGCGAACUGCCCGCUGAAUGACGGGGACAUGGGGCUGCAGAUGUCCAACGGGGAGGAGAAGCUGUUCAAAGAUGGACCCCGCAAGUCUAUCGACCGAGGGGACGGCGAGAGUGAGGAUGAGGAGGAGGAAGAGCCGGCGGCGGAUCUGAAGAAGCCAAUAGUGAUGAGAGAUGUGAAUUUCUCUCAGGGCACAGCGAGCAGUGAGGACGCCACGGAGGAGAUGUCCAACCUGGUGAACUACGUGGAGCCCGUCAAGUUCAAGAGCUUUGAGGUGUCAACCAAGAGGAACAAGUACUAUGAGAUGUCCUCUUUAGUUGAAACUAAAGGCAUGGACAUCCUGAAAAGUUCCCCCCUUGACUUUGUGAAGUACAACAAGAUGCAGAUGAGCCGUAUCUAUCCCAGAGCACCAGGGUAGACUCCUCAAAGCUACAUGCCCCAGAUCUUUUGGAAUGUCGGCUGUCAGAUGGUGGCGCUAAACUUCAAACCCUCGGUCAGUGCCUCUCUCGCACACCACACGCUACGACUGCCGAUUGAGCUGAACAUGGGGUGUGUUUGAGUACAACGGCACUGUGGCUACCUCCUCAAACCCGAGUUCAUGAGGCGCACAGACAAAGAAUUUGACCCCUUCACCGAGAAAACUGUGGACGGCAUUGUAGCCAACACGAUCAAGAUCAAGGUGAUCUCGGGUCAGUUUCUGUGUGAUAAGAAGGUAGGGGUGUGUGAAGUGGACAUGUUUGGACUUCCUGUUGACACUAAGAGGAUUCGCACAAAGACCUCUGCCAACAACUCCCUGGACCCUGUGUGGGAGGACGAGACCUGCAUCUUCAACAAGGUGGUGCUGCCGACUCUGGCCUCCCUGAGAGUGGCCGUGUUUGAAGAGAACGGCAAAUUCAUCGGCCACCGCAUCCUGCCCGUCUCCGCCAUCCGACCAGGCUACCACUACAUCUGCUUGAAGAAUGAGCUCAACCAGCCCCUCAUGCUGCCCUCUCUGCUGGUGUACACUGAGGUCCAGGACUACAUCCCCAACGAGCACCAGGAGGGUGUGGAGGCACUGAUUAACCCUAUCAAACACCUGGGCCAGAGGGAGAUGCAGCUGGCUGCACUCAUGGAGGACAACGUCGAGCAUGUGCAGGAGAAGUCGGAGGAAAAGGAUGGUCUGGAUGUGUACCCCACGAUAGAAGGUGGCUUUGUACCCCCAACCACCCCACCGCCCCCUGCCCCAGUCACUGAUGUUUCCAGCCCCCAAGGAGCAGGACAGAAGGAAGACCUGAUAGCCGCAGUAUUAGCAGACAUCCAGCCUCAGUCGACAGAGGAGCUGAAACAGCAGAAGGCCUACCUGAAGCUGCUGAAGAAGCAGUGCAAAGAGCUGAAGGAGCUUCGCAAGAAGCACCUGCGGAAGAUCUGGUCUCUGAGUAAGGACCAGCGUAGCCAUAACACCCAGCUGCGCACGGACACCCAGAGACAACGCAGCCAGAUGAUGAAGAUGAGUAUCAAGAGGAACGAGCCCCCGGAGCAGGUGCAGAUGCAGCUCUCAGCGCUGGACGUGGAGCUGGAGAACCAGACAGUGCAGCUCAGAGAGUGGCAGAUGCAGCAGCUGCUGCAGCUCCGCCAGACACAGCACCAGCUGGAGAGGGCCAAGAAGCACGCGCACCUGAGAGAGUCCCAUGUGAAGCUACAGGACACGACACAGGAGUGCCAGCAAUCCCAGCUGAAGAAACUCAAGGACAUCUGUGAGAAGGAGAAGAAGGAGCUGCAGAAGAUUCUGGACAGGAAGCGACACAACAGCAUCAGCGAGGCCAAGACCAGGGAACGGGAGAAGGCCGAGGCGGAGCUGAAUGAGAUCAACAGGAAGCACAUCGCCGAGUCCGUCUCCUCCAUCCGCGGACUGGAGGACGCUCAGAAGCUGAGGCAGGAGAAGCUGGCUGUGCGGCACCGUGAGAUCUUGCAGUGCAUCGAGGAAGACCUUCCGCUGAUGCAGUCCCAGUUGGAGAAGGACAUGGACGCGGAGCUGCAGCGGCUGCCGGAGGAAAUCCGCCAGUACCUGCAGGGGGAGCUGGAGAGCAAGGGCAUGCGGAGCGACGCGCUCUUCAGCUCGCUGUCCAGCUACGACAGCCCCGGCUCCGGGCCGCCGUCCAACAGCAGCACCCCCCCGUUCCACUCGCCCAAUCGCAGCUGGCAGGGGGGGCGGAGCCUGGACAAUAGCACCGCCUCAUUGGUGGAUUCCUCCUCCUCUAGCACGCCAGUCAUGUCGGAGACGGAGCUUGCAUCAGUAUAGCUCCACCCCCGCCCCUCCUCCGCCCCACUGGAUUAUUUUACUAGAUAUAAUAGUACCUUUCUUUUUGUUUUAGUGUUGCUUUUGUCCAUUUGUUAUUUCAUUGUUUUUACGCUUUUUAAUUUGAUGCCAUUCAUCCUGGUUAUCAGGGUACGCUUUUGUGCUUUUGUUUUACAAACUGUACCUUUUUUUUUUUUUUUUUUGUCAGCAGUUUUACCAAAGCCGCUUGAUAUUUUACAACUGUCGGGUUAUGGGGGAUCUUUUAUUUAGUUUUAGCUUGUGGGCAUGAAGGGGGAAGUUCUGUUCCACAGUCGAAUUUAUUUAUUUACUAUGUACUUGCGCCAUCUGUGCUUGCAGUUGCAGUGAUUUUAUGAGUCCACCAGGUGGAGACAUUGUCAGGAGCAAUACCUGGUGUGAGAAUGUGCUGUGUGGCGCUGUGGAAAGGGCUUGUUUACAUAAUGAACUAUUCCCCGAGAGCUUGCCCCGCAGGACAAGACCAUCCUGUGUUUAUCGCCAGGCAGCUUUGUAGCUGCAGACAGGGAGGUAAUGAUAUUGAUGUAAAAAUAUCCUCAGUAGGUAAUUAUCGCUGUCACUGGAGCUGCUGGUGGGACUGAGGACCGGGGCGGGAGGCUGGAGACGUGCGGAGCCUGCCUUCCACCCCGUCGGGUUAAUGUGUGGGAGGACGAGGCCAGGGCCUCAGGUACAGUGUGUAGGGAACUGUGUAUGCUUCUGGCGUGUGUGUGUGUGUGUGUGUGUGUGUGUGUUUACACGUGGGUAUGUGGGACGUGUGUAUGUUGAGGUUUGUGUGUGUAAAUGUGCAUUUGUGUUCUUUUGUGUGGUGUGCGUGUUUGUGUGUGCUUUUGCUUGGUGUGCGUGUGUGUAUUUGUGUGUGUGUGUGUGUGUGUGUGUUUAUGUACAUGUGGGUAUGUGGACGUGUGUGUGUGUGUGUUUGUGUGUGUAAAUGUGCAUUCGAGUGUGCAUUUGUGUGGUGCGUGUGUGUGUGUUUGUGUGUGCGUUUGUGUGGUGCGUGUGUGUUUGUGUGUGUGCGUGCUUUUGUGUGUGUAUGUACUCGUAUGUAUAUAUAGUUUGAAUCUCAGACCAGCCAACAGUCGGUUCGAAAUUUUCCAUUAUGCUGAAGCAUAAGACCUCUGUCCAUAGCGUAUUGGGUCUGCGAGGGGAUUUACAUAUAAUCCGAACUUGCCAAGUAAUUGGUACAGUGGCCAAAGACCCUGCCUCCAUAACAGCUUGGCAGGAUUGUGGCUUUCUAGGAGUCUCCCCCCCCCCCCCCCCCCCCCUCAUAGCAGAGGAUUGUGGAAAAAUCCGAGCCCUUUCUUUGAUAUUAAAUCUCCCCCUGGAUUCACGGUACCUGAUCCGCUGCUUAAAACUGUUGGGUAAUACAGAGCAGAGAAGCGCGUUUUCCCCCUUGUAGUAUUGUAGUGUAUUAGGGGUCGUUUUAUUUAUUAAUUUUUUGUUAUAAUCUCCGGGAGAAGAUUGGCCUAAAUCACUUUUUUGGCCUCUGGUCGCCCCUCAUCUCCUCCCCUCGUGGCAGUUUAAAGUCGUUACAGAGGAGCGGUUAAUGAAUAAACGAGCGUAAGACGGGGCUUAUGUCCCGAAUCGACUCGUGCCACUGAGCGGGGUUCCCAGUACUGGGAUGGCCUCUCACAGUGGUGUCCAUGAUGAGAUUUUAGACGAAGCAGACAUGUCUAAAACCGUAGAAAGGGAGAUUGUGCUUUAUGGGCAUGUCUAAAACCGUAGAAAGGGAGGGAGCUCUUUUUUGGACGUCACCCUCGACUCGCCCUUGUGUAAAUUAAAAAAAUGUUGGCAACCUACUGUAUGCAUAUAAGGACAGUACAUGGUCCUUUUGUUUCUAAUUCCCAGAGAUGACCUGCGCUAGCACAUAUCUGCCACACAAUAUUGGUUAACCACAAAGACUGCACAUUACUGUACAAAGAACAGACUGUGUGAGUGUGUGUGUAGGAGUGUGUGUAGUAGUGUGUGUGUGUGUGUGUGCGAGUGUGUGUAGUAGUGUGAGUGUGUGUAGUAGUGUGUGUGUGUGUGUGUGUGUGUGUGUGUAGGAGUGUGUGUGUGUGUGUGUGUGUGUGUGUGUGUGAGAGUGAGAGUGAGAGUGUGUAGGAGAGUGUGUGUGUGUGUGUGUGUGUGUAGGAGUGUGUGUGUGUGUGUGUGUGUGUGUAGGAGUGUGUGUAGUAGUGUGUGUGUGUGUGUAGGACUGUGUGUGUGUGUGUGAGAGUGAGAGUGUGUGUAGGAGAGUGUUUGUGUGUGUGUGUGUGUGUGUUGAUCAAAAUGAACGGUACCUGUCUGAAUUGCAUGGCUGGUGUGUGGCCUGACUUUCAGCUUCCUGUGGUUUUGUUCUGUUCUUGUCCUUUUGUAUGUUUAGAGCCCAGGUAAUGCAGGAUGUGCAUUUGGGUUUUGAUAAUUAGCGAGGGGGGUGGACCGUUUUCAUUUCUGUGGUCGUUUUGUCUGUUUUACGUGUUUUAUUUUAUUUUAUUUUAUUUUAGAUUUACACAAAUUUUUACUACUGACUAAUGGUGCAGAUGGGGAAGGAGGCCUGGAAGAGGGGGGAGAGUGUGUGUUGCUGGCGGCAGUUGAAGCAACUCUGAGAUGCUCAGGGUGUUAAAGGCCUGAAAGGUUACACAUACACACAGAUAUACACACUCGCAUGCGCGUACACACACACACGCACACACACACACACACACACCCAAACACUCACACAACCUCCUCUCCAAUCCCCCCCCCAUCUGACGCUUGCUGCCUGUCUGUCAUUUUAGUAUUUGGGGGGAGAAAGUUAACAGUAACCUUCUCAAUAUCUAUUUAAACAUUUUAACUUUUUUUAACUUUUAUUUUCAAAUGUCUUUUUUUGCUCCACAUCUGCCUAAAGUACAGAUUUCAGUUGAUCAUGGCAAUCUGGCUGUGUGCUGGAUAAAUACCCUUUCCCCUGGUGCGUGUGUUCAUUGUGUCCAUGUUUCCCCGGUAAUGCCUCUCUCAAAGCUGUACAAUGGUUUUUUGAGGCUUACACGAUUCGGUUCUGGUUUUGGAAGAGUGCCGAGAAUAAUAACAGUGUACGUACUACCAUAUGUCAGGUUAUUUCAAAAGCAGCCCGGCUAUAUAUGAAGCUCUAUAUUUAGAGUGCGUCAUCGUGGCUAGAUUUGCGUGUUGCUUGUUUGUUAACUGAGGGGUCUUUUGCGAUGAAAUGGCUCAAUCUUGCCAGCUUUACAGGAUCUGUUAUUCAAAUUUGUUUCCUUAACAACCAUGGGAUGAGAUGUAAGGGAAUAUUGUUCUGCUGUAGUGUCGUGUUCGAUCCCAACUCCCCACCUGUGCCAUGUGUACGUUUAUGUACCUGUCUGUCGGCGUGGUUUUGUAUUUACGCACUCCUGCUCAGACUUGCGAGUGUUUUGUAUGUGUUGUAUGUACUGUUAAGAGAAUAUUUUUCAAAGGUAUUGCACUUUUAUUUCCCUUUUAUUCCUUCUCUUUUUGCAUACCGUGUUUAGCCGGUGCUUAGCGAUGUCACUUCCUGUUUAGUUUAGACCGGUAGCAGGAUGUGGAGCUUGCUACUGUGUUGGCUCGCUCCGUUCAGCAUGCUGAAUCAGGAACACUUCCUGAUGCGGUCUGUGCUGAAUGUUCGGCUAAAGGACUGUAGUGGAGGAACCUUUAGCCGGAACCAUUUCAUUCUAAGAUGGCCGCUUCCCCUGCGGUCGUCAUGGAGACCCUAACAGCCCAGUGUAAGUAGGGAGCACAGUGCAAGGCCGUUACCCCUGAGGGAGAUUAUUCUGCUGUGUGUGUGUAUAAUGUCAGUGGGCUAAGGUUCAUCGCCUUGCAGGCCCAGUUUGAAGAGUACGGAUGCACAAAGCUCACGGUACACGUGGAAGAUGUGAUGUCAUCAUCAUCACAGAAAGAGUAAUGGUGUUUAUUUUUAUUUACCUAACAGGGUUAAGAUUGGGUUCAUGAAGAUAUGUUUAUCACUACCUCCUCACAUUCCUGAUAAUUGCUACACCAGAGCUUUUGUUUAGUUGGUGGUGGUCGCCAUGUAGUCCGAGUCCAAGUCAAGUUUACGUAGAUUUGGGAUGGCCAAGACUUGUUCAGCAACACAAUGGAAGCGCUCAGGCCCCUUAUGACCCUUAAUGACUAAUGACUAGACAUUUCCGGCUGACACAAGAAACGACGCCAAUGAGCUUUCAUUGAUUUCAUUAUGAGCGGCCAUUUUCUUUGCCUUUCAACAACGGCAGUGCCACCGCAAUCUGACACAUUUCUCUCACGGGCAGGCAGUCGGUCUCUCUCCCCUCUGCGUUCUGUGCAGUCUUAUAGUGAUUGACCCGCAACCUUCUGCCAUUUACGCCUCGCAUACUCUCAUUUUGUGUCUGUCUUUCUGAAAGAAACCCUUGGUAUGUUAACACUGUAUGUAGAAAUCACUUGUACGUCUAGUGAAAGGGAAUGAUAUCAUUCAGGAUGUAAUUUUUAUUGUCUUGAUAAAUAAUAGAACUGUACAUUCAAUAAAUACAAAAAAUUGUU